GUAAGAUAUCGGAAAUUAAGACAGCCAGAGCGGUCGUUCUUGUUCAAUAUAACAAGUGAAAAUCGUAUCACAAGAUUAGAACAUGUUCGGUAUCGUUAUUUUUCCGAUAAAUUUCGGCUUCAGUUUUAUAUUGAUGAUUUUCUUAGUUCCGCUUCUUUUUAUCGCGUACGUAGUGAUGACAUGGACAAGAAAAUGUUGGAUAUACUUUGUCAAAUGGAAACAUCCGAGAUACAUCGUUGUGGAGGAGAAGAAUAUUCGCAGCAUCUUGGAUCAAGGACGCAAUCCCGGCAUAUGCACCCUUCUCAUACAAGGACGUUCGAUCGUAAAGGACGUGAGAAAUCACUUGACACAUCUGACUUCGACGAAAAAAUUCCUUAAAUCGGCUCUCUUCACGCGAUGGGGCAUAUACGUAUGGAAAGAACUCGAUUAUUUUUCUGUGGACAAUCAUCUCGCAAAUUCACCGUACUCUUAUCGAGGUCGUCCUAUUACUGAGAACAAUAUACAGGAUUACAUAAGCGACGUCACAUCCAAGUUUCUUCCGAAGAAAUUACCGCCUUGGCAAGUGCACGUAGUCAACUUGUUCGUACAAGGAGAAGAACGUCAGAUAUGUCUCGUGCGAGCGCAUCACUUACUCCUGCGGCAAGAGCAUUUAACUUUGGCGGAUUUUUUGCCGUUGAAAUAUUCGACGGACAAUUGGACUUGUCAAGAGAGCGAUUCGCCCUUCACGAAUCUGUAUGUCCAACUCUCCGCUCUACCGCGUCUCCGACAAAUGUUCCGAGAGAGCUUCAGCAACUACUGGAAUGAUUUUCUUUACAACAACGAUCCUAUAGAGCAGCCGGAGAUUCUAAAGAAACGUAUAGGAAUGUUUCAAUGUGUCAAGAUCGCGACGAUAGUGUUUGUUUGCACUCUGAAGGAAUUAGCCAGACAGUUCCGAAAGUCGGAAGGAUUAAAAUUUUUGGAGCUUCUGUCGAUCGUCCGGCGAGAAUCGAGCAAGAGGAAUUUCAAUUCUCGGAUGAUAUAUGAUUCCAUUGCGAAAUCUUUUCAUCCGCUCGACAUUCUCUACACGUGCGUUGCUCUGUCCUGGUGCAUCAUGGUUACAUCGUUUUUAAAGACACCUCUCUUGCUCAUUCGAGAAUUGCGAGCUUUACAAUCGCUUUACAGACGCAAUAGAUAUUGCAGUUAUCCUGCAGAUACCUUGAUGUACACAUUGUCGUAUUACCUUUCUCUGAUGCUUCAAGCAAUUCGAGAGAUGAUAUCCAUUAGUUGGAUAGCCGCGACUGCACCCAAAAUCAUAAUUGAAGAGGUAUUUUUGAAGAAUCCGCGAUCGAAUCGAUUGCAGACCAUCUCACCGUGUGGUAGGAAAGUAGUGGCUUGGUCGGAAAAGGUGGACGUCGAGCUCAUACGAAAAAUGGCUAAUAUAACUGGCGCGACGGAGAUGGAGAUUCUUUUAACGGCUACCGUGGAUGCCCUGAAAGAAUACUUUAAGCACUUGGCCGUCAACGUUCCGGAUGAUGUAUUCGCGACGGUCAAAUAUGUGAGUCAGCGAGCAGUGUUUCUUCGAAAUCACGAAGCUAGAGGUAUCCUCUGUAUCACGUUACCAAUCAGAACACCAUUGUUCCACGACGACCUCAUUGAAAUAUUGCAGGUUAUUCAGCGAAACGUGCAGAACGCCAGAUCCCGACAAAGCGCAAUUUACGCUAUCACGGCAGCGGAAACAUCUUAUGGAUUAAUUUCCUCCUGCGUCCCGUCCAUCGUUUUGAAAUUACUUUUAAAUCAACUAUCGAAAACAUAUUCUCUAUGUUUAACGCAUGUUGAUGGAGAUUUACCUGUGGAGGGCAUAGAUGGAGCGGUUUACUGGCGACCACCGCAAGGAAAUUGCAACAUGUCUAUGACUCUGCACAGGCAUGGGGACAGCAUACGCCUCGGUAUAAUGGGGGAUGCCUUGAUCGGUCCUCGGCAUUUUAUCAUUGCGAGAGCGUUCCCUAAAAGCAUACGAAAUCUCGCCGGCGUUCUAGGCGUUCCGAGAGCAUCUAUCCGAAGUCCUAAUCCACUCAAUCCGAUUAUGUCUCCAGGAUACUGAGACAUAAUGAGAUAGCUGAUGAGAUCGAUAAUUCAGAUUUAUCACAAAAGAGAAGAAGGUUGGAUAUUUUUCUUGCUUGCUCAACUUCAUAUACUAUGUGCAAGAGAUAUACAUAAAAUAUACCUAUACAUACAGAUUUUUUAUUUUUUGUUUUAUAAAAUAGUAAUCGAUUAAGUUCGAAACAGUGAUACCAUCAUAUUUAUAACUGGACCGUUUCUUAAGUAAUAAUUCGAUCCACAUUCAAAGAUCUUUACAUUUAUAAUUUACCCGUUUUUGGGCAGAUCUUUGACACUGAAAUUUAAAGUUACAUGUUGGUAAAGUUACAUGUUGUAGAUGGAAUCGAACGUUCAUUUAUAUAUUUAUAUGUAUCAUAACAAAAUAUUUACAUUGCCGUGCAAUAACAUAAUUAAACAAACAAUUAAACUAAAUAAAUAAAUAGUUCAACGAUUUAUAGAUAGAGUUCUUUC